CGGUGUCGCUUCGAUUACGCGCGAUGUGCUGAAGAGACGCUGUGCGGCUGAAGCGGAGUGUAGAGUCUCUCACCUCCUCCAUACUGCCUCCUUUAUACUGCCUCCUUUAAUACUGCCUCCUUUAUACUGCCUCCUUCCUCGGCACGUCUCCGCCCGACCGCGUUCAACAAAAAGACGGCUGAUUUUUGGCCGCUAAAAAGGGAAAUUAUUGAAUAAAGAUGGUUAAACUUGGGAGUAAUCUACAGGACAAAGGGAUUAAAGAGGUGAGUGUUGAAGAUGGAUUUCAGACUGUUCCCCUUAUCACGCCCUUGGAUGUUACAAAUCUUCAGUGCCAAGCUCCAGACAAGGUGGUGGUAAAGACACGAACUGAAUACCAGAAAGAGCAGAAGAACAAGGCCAAGAUGAAGAUGCCUAAGGUGGAGGAGUACACCAUAAGCUUUACUGAUGGGGUGUCAGAGAGACUGAAGGUCACCAUACUAAUUGUUCUGGCUUUGGCUUUUCUUGCCUGCAUAGUGUUCUUAGUGGUGUACAAGGCAUUCACUUAUGACCACACCUGCCCAGAUGGCUUUGUGUACAAGCACAAGCGAUGCAUCCCAGCUUCCCUGGAGGCCUACUAUACCGCACAGGAUGCUCACUCUCGUGGUCGCUUCUACACAGUGAUCAGCCACUACAGCAGCAUGGCUAAGCAGACCAUGUCACGCUCUGUCUCUCCAUGGCUUCCAAAUGUCCAGCACGAUGACAAACCACCCAAUACUGACAGCCAGUGAGACUGUAAAUGCGGAUUCUACAUCGGCCAAGUCUGCUUUUCCCCAUCUGACUUACCUGACACUUUUCUCCAUUUCUACUGUACUAUUUAAUUUUUUACUCAUAUAGUUCAUUUGUAUGAGUUAUUUAUUUAUGACUACCUGUAUUGUACAAUUUCUGGUCUUAUUGUAUUUAAUAUCAGAUAGUUAUUUGUACAAAGCCUUGCGUCUGUGACGCAUGUCAAAAGUAAACGUCCCACAAGAAACCAUAUAGAUUCAUGAUUGUCUGAUUUAUUGUAAAAGGCAUGUUGAUACUGUAUGGGAUCAUUCGUUUUUUUUGUGCUUUGUUUCCAAGCAUAAUGUUUCUGUGGUUUUAUGUCCAGUUUGGGGUAUUUAAAUAAUAAUAAUAGUAAUAAUAAUUUAAAAAAAAAAGAAAAUCAUAUAUUGAUGAUAAAAUACAAGGUAAAUGUGUGCUAUGGUUCCUCCUUUGAGCCUAUGUGUAAAUAGCCCAUGAGAAGUAAGAUCCAGUAUCUGUGUUACUAUAAGGAACGUUGUAAGAUUAUUACUGUUUAUGAUUAGAAGACCUUUGGAGCUUUGUGUUUCACUUUAUCUUGCAGUCUAUAAUCAGUCUGAGGAGAAUUAUCCAGGGAAAAAACCCAGUGCUCUGGGAUGUAAAAUCUCUGAUUUCUGUGUUUAGUCAUAGAUCUGUGCCAUUAUUGCUUUUCUUAUUAUUUGCUGAGAGUAAAAAAAAAAAAGAAAUCUUGUGCUAAAUCCAUGGUUAAUAUGUAGCAAAGCCUUGAAUAUUUGAUUCUGUAGCCUUCAGCUUUAAAACAAUAAAGAUAUUAUGACACA